AGGGGCGGGGCAAUGACGUCACAAAGCUCCUGCUCCCUAUGACGGUAUGGCGUGGCAGAGAGAUUUACAGACACGGAGAGCAGGGGAAAGGCUGUGUGGGGUCUGAGGACAAAGAGGUUUCCCUCGCCUACUUCCACGCUCCUCGCCAAGCCAAAUGGUGGUAAUCCUAAGGAACACAUUCAAAUGAUGCUGGCAACGGCACGCAGCGGAUUCUGGGAUUUGUAGGCGACUCUGGGGCCACGGUCCAGGCAACAGAGAGGGAGAGACGCAGGUUUGUGACUACAAACAAUCCCAGUAUGCAUGGCGCCGCCUGGACGCCAUUUUUGUAGUUCUAGCAUACAAUCCCAGAAGUCCCUGCUCCGAAGCCAUGUUUGUAGUUUUCGCGCCGGUAAAUCUAAGCCGCGAUUCCUCUUGGGACUCUUGGGACUUCCGUGACCAGCAAGAGCUCUGAAGUGAGAAACGAAGGGAUAAAGAGAUUAAACCAGAAGAAAAUGAUGUGGUGACUGUUUUUGAGCCCAGCUAUUCCAUAUGGAAUGCAGUGUAUGCAGUGUCCCAUGCCCUCCAUAAAACGCUGUUGAGCAAAAUUGAAAUGGGACCUAAAGAAGACAGAAACAUGGACUGGCUUCUUCCAUGCCAGGUAAGCCUCACUCAUAAGCAAGGGAAGCACCGGGAUCUUAUAUUAUUGAAUGCAUUGACCUACAAUGAUGUGCAUGUGAACUUCACUCGAGAAGAGUGGGCUUUGCUGGAUCCUUCCCAGAGGAAUCUUUACCAAGAUGUGAUGCUGGAGACCUACAGGAAUCUCACUGCUAUAGGCUACAGUUGGGAAGAUCAUAAUAUUGAAAAGCAUUGUCAGAGUUCUAGAAGACAUAUAAGGUAUGAAAAUACUCAUAGUGGAGACAAACCCCCUGAAGAUACUCAAUAUGGUGAAGUCUUUACACAUCACAGGAGUCCCCACACAUAUGAAAGUAAGCAUAUUCGUGAGGACCGCUAUGAAUCAAACCAAUAUGGUAACGCUUUUGCACAUAACAGUCAUCUCCUAAGACAUAAAAGGACACAUAUAGCAGAGAUAUCUGAUGAAUGUAACCAAUGUGGCAAAGCCUUUGCAGGUAACAGUACUCUUAUAAUACAUAAAAAAGCUCACACUGGGGAGAAACGUUAUGAAAGUAACCAAUGUGGUAAAGCCUUGGCAAAUAAUGGUUAUCUCCUAAGACAUAGAAGAACUCACAAUGGAGAAAAACCCUAUGAAUAUAACCAGUGUGGUAAAGCCUUUGCAUACAACAAUGGUCUCCUAAUACAUAAAAGAACUCACACUGGAGAAAAACCUUAUGAAUGUAACCAAUGUGGUAAAGCCUUUGUACAGAGGAGUACUCUCCUAUUACAUAACAGAACUCACACGGGAGAGAAACCCUAUAAAUGUAACCAGUGUGGUAAAGCCUUUGCAUACAACAAUGGUCUCCUAAUACAUAAAAGAACUCACACUGGAGAAAAACCUUAUGAAUGUAACCAAUGUGGUAAAGCCUUUGCACAGAGGUGUACACUCCUAUUACAUAACAGAACUCACACGGGAGAGAAACCCUAUGAAUGUAACCAGUGUGGUAAAGCCUUUUCAAACAGGUAUAUUCUCCUAGUACAUAACAGAACUCACACUGGUGAAAAACCUUAUAAAUGUAACCAGUGUGUUAAAGCCUUUUCAUCUAAACAAAAGCUCCUACUACAUAAAAGAAUUCACACUGGAGAGAAACCCUAUGAAUGUAACCAGUGUGGUAAAACCUUUGCAUCCAACUACGUUCUCCUAAUACAUAAAAGAGUUCACACAGGAGAGAAACGUUAUCAAUGUAACCAAUGUGGUAAAGCCUUUUCGCAGAACAGUCAUCUCCUAAGACAUAAAAGAACUCACACUGGAGAAAAACCUUAUGACUGUAACCAAUGUGAUAAAGCCUUUGCAUCUAACACUGAACUCCUAAUACAUAAAAGAACUCACACAGGAGAAAAACGUUAUGAAUGUAACCAAUGUGAUAAAGCCUUUGCAUGUAACAGUAAUCUCUUAAGACAUAAAAGAAAUCACACUGAAGAAAAACCCUAUGAAUGUAACCAAUGUGGUAAAGCCUUUGCAUGUAACAGUGAUUUCAUAAGACAUAAAGGAACUCACACUGGAGAAAAACCUUAUGAAUGUAUCCAAUGUGGUAAAACCUUUGCACAGAGGUAUACUCUCCUAGUACAUAACAGAACUCACACUGGAGAAAAACCCUAUGAAUGUAACCAAUGUGAUAAAGCAUUUGCACAGAACAGUAGUCUCCAAAUACAUAAACGAACUCACACGGGAGAGAAACCUUAUGAAUGCAACGAAUGUAGUAAAGCCUUUGCAUGUAACAGUGUUCUCCUAAGACAUAAAAGAACUCACACUGGAGAGAAACCUUAUGAAUGUAACCAAUGUGGUAAAGCCUUUGCAUAUAACAGUGUUCUCCUAAGACAUAAAAGAACUCACACUGGAGAGAAACCUUAUGAAUGCAAUGAAUGUCGUAAAGCCUUUGCACAGAACAGUCAUCUGGUAGUACAUAAAAAAAUUCACACUGGAGAGAAAUCUUAUGAAUGUACCCAAAGUGAUAAAGUCUAUGCAUUUCAGAGUAGUCUAUAAAGUCUAUGCAUUUCAGAGUAGUCUCUGAAGACAAAAAGAACACAUCCUGGAGAAAAACCUUAUGAAUGUAAGCCGUGUGGAAUCACCUUUUUACAACAGUCUCAUAAUAAAGUCUUUUCAUGUAAGAGUCAUCUUGAACAAGAACACUUAUUGGAGUGAAACCCUAUAAAUGUAACCAACGUGUGAAAAACUUCUCAUGCCAUAAUAAUCUCCAUCUACAUAGAAGAAUGCACACUGGAGAGAAACAUUACAAAUGUAACCAAUGUGAUAGAGCAUUUUGACAUAAUAGUAAUCUCCCAUGACAUAAAAAAGACAUACUGGAGAGAAACCAUAUGAAUGUAAGCAAUGUGGAAAGGCUUUGCAUGUAACAGUCAUCUCCUAAUACAUAAAAGAGCUCACACUCGAGAGAAACCUUAUUAAUGUAACCUAUGUGGUAACAUACUUUCUCCAGCAGGGAUACAUUUCAUAAACAUUCCCAAAUGAUACCACCAACUGAGAAGGAUUCAUUUCUCUGACUUCAAAUGUACGUGUUUGAUUUCUGUUACAUGAAAGAAUUCAUGAUGAAGAAAACAUUUAUAGAUAAGCCUGUAGUUGCCUCAACACCUGAGUUCAGUAAUGAAUGCUUAUAUAAGUAAAACAUUCAUGAGUAAACAUAUUUAAGAAUUAGUUUUAAUUUCCAUUAUGUGAUAACAGUUUGUCUUUGUGUUUUUGAUGUGCCUGUCCUUUCUAGUUUCCAUGAAGACCAGACCUUAUCGUCUGGUCUUUCUGAGACCAGAUCUUCUCAUACCAGGAAUUCUAGAAAGUUGUCAAAAACCUUACCUAGGUCCUGGGAAUGAACUUGUCUUAACUGCAAAGCCAUGUCUCUAGUACUGUAAAUAUAUUAUAUUAUCGUGAUGUCAGGAAGUAGAAAAGAAUUCAUAGGAGAGCAACCCUAUUUGUACAAAGGAGUUGAUUACUUUGUACAUAAUAAAUGUAUCCAUUUUCAAGAAAAGAACCUUUUUUGUAUCUGUUUUUAUCAUAGCCUUGGAGGAAGUAAAUUAUUUACCAUGUUCCCUUAAAUGUAAUGGAGCAGAACACCAUUUGUGAUUGUGGUCUGAAUUUUGAACAUUGGAGUAGGGAUUGAAUUUGCUGUAUGUGUAGCAAAUCCAUUCACAGAAGUUUAUGAGGUUGUUCUGAUAUUCCUUCUGUGGUGGCUGUUCGUAUUCUAAUGCAUUUCCACUUGGUGAAAGGUAUUUUUCUGUGCAAUGUAUAGAAUGUGAUCCCCAUCAUCUAAUUGGUCCAUUGCUUAUUUAUAUCAGGCAGUCUGUGAUCAUAGUUUUCAAGGAAGGGUCUCUGAGAACGUGUGGUAUUUUUUUUUUAUGUUUUCACAAAUUCAUUUAAAAUGUUUGUUUUUAAGCCUUGCUUGGAUAUCAAUAAUUAAGAAAUGCUCAAUAGUAUGUGUGUGUGUAUAUAUAUGUAUAUGUUGUUUGAAGUUCCAUGUUUCUGCAUUUUCCCACAUUUACUAUAUGGCACAUCAUCUUCCUAGAGAUUUAUCUAGCUUUCUUAGAGAUUUAUCUAGCCUUCUUAGAGAUUUAUCUAGAGGUGCUAGUUAAUGUAACAGCAAUGAGAUUUAUUUCAAAACAUGUUGUGUGUUUAGUGGACUAUUCAUUCUUAGGCUAUGACAGAUAUAUGAAGACUGUGUGACACUUUGUGGGGUUUAUUUUAGUCAUGCUUAUAUGAUCUUCAAGUUUAUGUCGUCAGUUUUGCAUAACACAGUCUUUCCACUGAGCACAUUGACAUGCACAAAAUUUAGUUGAAACAUUACAUCAGUACAAUAUUGUAUUUUAUUCAGAUUAUGAAUAUAUUGUCAUCAGAAAAUGGAAGAAUAUAAAAUGAUUUGAAUAAUAAAUGCUACUUGCAAAUGAAAAU